CCUACUUCUCAAAUACCCUAUUUUUAUUUUUUUAUAAAUAAAUAAACUCAACGUGCUAAACCUAUCACAAACACAUGCAUUAAAAAUAAAUGCACAUUCCAUCUCACUUCCCUUAUAACUUAUAAGUCCGAUUAAACCUUUGUUCCUGUGCAUUUCGGGCUCUUACUCUUCACACCUGUCAAUACUCAACAUGAGUAAACAGAACACCGAGACCAGAAGGAAAGUCAGCAGCAGUGGAUCAUUCCGAUCCAUUUUCAUGCAUGCCGACGCUGCCGACAUGUUUCUGAUGGCUAUUGGUUUCUUAGGUGCCUUCUGCGACGGAAUUGCGACGCCUGCCAAUUUUCUUUUCACCAGCACCAUUAUGAACAGCAUUGGAGACUUCUCUUCUUUAUCCAAAGAUAUCUUCAUUGACAAAAUCAACAAGAAUGCACAAUAUCUUUGUUUCUUAGCUAUUGGGAAAUGGAUUGCCUGUUUUGUUGAGGGGUAUUGUUGGGCAAGAACAGCAGAGAGGCAAGCAUCAAAGUUGAGGUCGAAUUAUUUGAAAGCAGUUUUAAGGCAGGAGGUGGCGUAUUUCGAUUUGAAUGUUACAAGCACAGCAGAGAUCAUUACAAGUGUUUCCAGUGAUAGUCUCAUCAUACAAGAAGUCAUCAGCGAAAAGGUGCCUGUCUUCGUGAUGGUUCUGAUGAGGUUAUCAAGAAAGAUGAGGGAGGAGUACAAUAAGGCUGGUGCGGUGGCGGAACAGGCGAUUUCUUCCGUGAGGACUGUUUAUUCAUUUGUCGGUGAAAAUAAGAGCUUAACAGAGUACUCUGCUGCUCUAGAAGGAAGUGUGAAGUUGGGAAUAAAGCAAGGAUUGGCUAAAGGAAUAGCGAUUGGAAGCAAUGGUGUGUCUUAUAUCGUCUGGUCUUUCUUGUGUUGGUAUGGUAGUAGGCUGGUGAUGUAUGAUGGAGCAAGAGGUGGAACUGUGUAUGCUGUUGGAGCUGUCAUCACCUAUGGUGGAAUAUCCCUCGGAAAUGCAUUAUCGAACCUGAGGUACUUUUCCGAUGCAAUGGCAGCUAGUGAACGUAUAAGGGAAGUGAUAAAAAGAGUUCCGGAGAUUGAUUCAGAUAACAUGGAAGGGGAAAUAUUACAAAAAGUUUCCGGAGAAGUGGAAUUCAAGAAUGUAAAGUUUGCGUACCCAUCAAGACCGGAAUCGGUGAUAUUCAAAAACUUUAGCUUAAAAGUUCCAGCAGGGAAGACGGUGGCGUUGGUAGGUGGGAGUGGAUCGGGAAAAUCGACGGUGAUUGCAUUGUUGCAGAGGUUUUAUGAUCCUCAAGGAGGAGAGAUUUGUGUGGAUGGGUUGAGGAUUAAUAAGCUUCAGUUAAAAUGGUUAAGAUCACAAAUGGGUUUGGUGAGUCAGGAGCCUGCUCUGUUUGCGACCACCAUAAAAGAGAAUAUACUUUUUGGCAAGGAAGAUGCUGCCAUGGAAGAAGUCAUUGAAGCUUCCAAAGCUGCAAAUGCUCAUAACUUCAUCUCUCAGUUGCCUCAGACCUAUGACACUCAGGUGGGAGAAAGAGGAAUCCAGAUGUCGGGUGGGCAAAACAAAGAAUUGCUAUUGCUCGUGCAAUUAUCAAGUCGCCUCGUAUUCUUCUUUUGGACGAGGCGACAAGCGCAUUAG